AAUAGCAGAGAGAAAGCCCUGAAAGAAGGACAUAAAAAGCUCAAUAGGGCACACACCCAUUACUCACCUCCCCUGCUUCUUCUUCUUCUUCUUCCUCUUCAACUUUCUCUCUCUUCAACUUUCUCUCUCUACUGUGUUAAUCUUCAUCCACAAUCAGACCAUAAACCAAAAACCCUCCAAACCCCACUUUCAAUUUCGUCGCCCUCACACAAUGAGCAAACAGGAUUUCAUGAACAUUCAGGCUUGUGCUCUUCGCGUUAACAUUCACUGCGAUGGAUGCAAGCAAAAGGUCAAGAAAAUCCUCCAGAAAAUCGAUGGUGUUUAUACUGUGAAGAUCGAUGCAGAACAAGGGAAAGUGACAGUGACGGGAAAUAUAGAUCCAGGGAAACUGAUAAAGAAGCUUGAGAAAUCUGGGAAACAUGCUGAGUUAUGGGGAGCUCAGAUUAGUUCAAAUAACAUGAACAAUUUCAAUAAUCUGUUUCAGAAUGUGAAAGGAGGCAAAGACAACAAUAUGGAUAAUCAUAAGUUGCUGAUGGAGAAGGCUUUUCUUCAACAACAGCAACAAAUGAAGGGCUCCAACAAUGGUAUGAACAAAGGAGGAGGUAAUAAUAAUCAUAAUAAUAAUAUGCAUAGUGUUGUGGUUCCUGGUAAAGAUAAGAAAUCUGUUAAGUUCAAUUUGCCUGAGGAAGAUUCUGAGUUUAGUGAUGAGUUUGAUGAUGAAUUUGAUGAUGAAUUUGAUGAUGAAUUUGACGAUGAACAUGAUGAGUUUAGCCAUGAACAUGGACAUGGGUUACCUAAUAAUAUGAUGCCUAUGAUGGGUAGCAAAGGAGGAGGGUCUUUUGGGGCUAAUGGGAUGAUUGAUAUCAAUUCCAUGAAUGGUGGUAAGAAAGGUGGGGUUGGUGGAGGUGCUGUCAAGAAGGGUGAAGCUAUUGACUUCCCUGUCAUGAUGAAGGGCAAGGGAGGAGGGAAGAAAGACGGUGGCCAUGGCGAUGGCGAUGGGGGCGGCGGCGGUGGCGGUGGCGGCGGCGGCGGGGGGACGAAGAGUAAGAGCAAAGGAGGGGGGUUUCUAGGACUAGGCAAGAAGGGGCUGUUUGGAUUUGGAGGUAAAAAUGAUAGCAAGAAGAACAAAGGAAGCAGCAAAGCAGCUGAUGGAGGUAAACAUAAUGGCAAUGGAGGCAAGAAAGGAGGCAAAGCUGAUGCCCUCCAUGAGUUUGACAAGCUAGAUAUUAACUUCCAUGACAUUGAUAUCACCAAACCCAGCAAAGGAGGCAAAGGGGGUAGCGGUGGGAAUGGUAAGAACAUGGCUCAAACCCAUAUGGGUCAUGCCACCAAUGGAAACAAAAGCCAGAUGGGUCAGCCAAUGGGUCCUGCUGGUGCCAAUAGGGCUCCACCAAUGGGAAACUAUGCAAUGAAUCAAAUGGGUAACAUUCCAGCCGUUCGAGGUCUACCCGCUCAUCCCGCUCAACCAAUGAUGAGCGGAGGGGGAGGCGGAUACUACCAAGGAAUGGGCCAAGGGAACCCGUAUGCCCAACAACAACAACAACAAUACAUGGCUAUGAUGAUGAUGAACCAACAAAGGGGAGUUGGGAACGAUAUGUUCCAACCCAUGAUGUAUUCACGACCGAACCCGGCCAUGAACUAUGCUCCACCGCCCCCGAUGCUUCCUCCGGUUGCAACCGAUCAGUACACGCACUUCUUCAGCGACGAGAAUACAGAUAGUUGCAGUGUUAUGUAAAUUUUGGCCCUAAAACAUCCUUUUGCUUGGGUUAUUUUAUAGGAUUAGUGUUUAGUUGAAUGUAGAAAUGGGUGUUGUGUUACUUUGAUUCAAUCAAAAACCCACUUAGUAUUUUACUGUUUUCUUGUCAUUAUAAUGAGUUUCAAGUUGCAGAGAUAAUAAAAACCAGACCCCUUAGGGCUCCACAGUACCUUAUCAUGUCA